GCCUGCCUCCUGCUCACUUCAGCCCUCACUCCUGCACUCCUUCACUCAGCGUGGAGAGAAGCACACACACAGAUACGGCGCGGAGCGCGAGGGAAAGACGGGAGAGAUACCGAUACAGAGAAAGCGCGAGAGGGGGACCUGGACUGCUGCUCGCGCUGCACGCGCUCAUACACCAAUACCGAGGAGCUUCGCUGUGGACUAAACCCGCUCUGUGGGACUUUCCCGUGUCUCGCGCUGGAGCUCGAGCAGCCGCGGAACUCCGCUGAGGGAAAGUUUGGGGGUGUGAAGGACUAUGGUUUCACUCAAUUUUACCUGAGGGUUUAAACGAAGUGCUGUGUUUUAUCAUGGAACAGGAGGCAGUGAGGCGAGGAACAUGAUGAGAACCGCGUGGAGAUAGAUAUCAUCAUCCUUCAUCAUUUAAAGAAACGGAUAUAAAGGAAUACAAAGCUUGAAGAGUUAAAAGUUUUAUUCACAAGAACUUUUUGGGAAUUACCUGCUUUAUCAAAACCCCCACCCCAUCACCUUCACCCACCAUGGCUUCCAGUUUAACCUGUGCGGGGGUCCUCUGGACCCUGGUGUCCCUCCUCAGCGCUGCAGCGUCUUGUGUGGGCUUCUUCAUGCCCUACUGGCUGCUAGGCUCACAGAUGGGAAAGCCGGUAUCUUUUGGCACCUUCCGCCGCUGCUCAUAUCCCAUACGGGACGAGCAGAGGCAGGCCACCAUCAUGCUGGAACAGUGCGGCCGCUACGCCACUUUCCAGGGCAUCCCGAGCGUGGAGUGGCGCGUGUGUACGGUAGUGACGGGGACGGGCUGUGGUCUGCUGCUGCUGGUGGCUCUUACGGCGCUCAUGGGCUGCUGCGUGUCUGAGCUCAUCUCCCGGGCUAUUGGUCGUGUGGCAGGGGGAAUCCAGUUCCUCGGCGGUCUGCUCAUUGGUUCGGGAUGCGCCCUCUAUCCUCUUGGUUGGGACAGUGAGGAGGUCAAACAGACAUGUGACAACCGUUCAGACCAGUUUCAACUGGGCUCGUGUGAGAUCGGCUGGGCGUAUUACUGCACUGGGGCAGGCGCUGCUUCAGCCAUACUGCUGUGCACCUGGCUGGCCUGCUUCGCUGGGAAAAAACAGAAGCAGUACCCUUAUUAAAGAGAGCCCGCUUCACCUUCAGCUUCAAGUCCAGCUUCUUCAAGCACAGAGCUACCGGCAGCAGCAGCACACAGCGGAGAGGGCGAGGCCUUAGUGUGGACUAUAUAAACAGCAGAGAUGCACUCUUCCCGCUAAAGAGUGAGCGCUUUCUCCAUUACUACUUCAACUGCAGAGUGAAUGGGCUGUGAGCUCAUCACACGGACAUCACGGUGAUCGAAAUCCAACAGCCUGAUCACACACAGUGACUGUUGUUUGUCUAGUGCGUAUCUAUGCGUGUCUACUGGAUGAUGAUUAAUGGAGAACUCAGAAGGACCAAUUCUCCCCUUUUUUAUGUCUACUUUUAAUCCUGAGAGUGCUAUUUUCUUUUGCUCCCUGUUUGGUGAUGUACUAGUGUUAGUGAAGUCUGUUACAAAAAGAAAGAAAAGGAAAAAUACGCAUUCUUGUAUUGGAUUGUUUAUAUCUCCAUAUCCUCCAUUUAUUUUGACAUAUGUUUUGCAACAUUAUGAAACGCAAUAAUUGUCAUAUUCACUCUCUCUACACUGUCAAAUAAGCAUCUUCGAUUAUCACUUGCUCUAAUGUAUACUUUAGGAACAGUAUACAGUAUAUACAUUGUGACAGUGUGUGCUUCGUCUGCAUACACAUUUUGUGAAAAAGAAAAAAAUACCCUAAACAUGCAUUGUAUUGUUUUAUUCAUCGUACAUUUUUGUAAAUAAAUCCUCUUUAUAAACAGUA